UAUUAAUUAAUUACUAUUAUUGAAACGUAUAAUUUAUUUCAAAGUCUUUUCUUCGCUAUUUCCAGAAUGACAAUGUAAAUAUUAAUUUAAGAGAACCGAUUGCUAACGAAACUCGAGACAUUUUAGUCAUUAAGCAGAUAUUCGAUUCGAUCAUAAUUUAUUCGCCUCGGCCAAGACUUUCAUCGCCGUACUUUGAUUGUUAGUCCGAUUACAAGCCUCUGUGUGCUAGAUAGCCAGGAACGAAGUUCAAGGGAAACCGGUAAAGAUGCGAAAUAACACAAAAUUUACGAUUUCUUUAUCGAAAGUGAAGAUAUUUUUGUUAUGAAGUCAAUAACAUUUUUCAAAAAUAUUUUAUGCAGUUAGUAUAUACGUCGCUAUGCAUAAUAUAGUAAUGACUUAAUCAUUUAUUGCGUUUUUAUAACUACAGCGAUUUCGAUAUAAAAGACUCGAGAAAAAAAAACAACGACACUCUGAUCGUCGAUGAGAAUGACGAUCAUUUCCCUUGGAUACCGUUUCGCAGAAGUCAAUGGAAAUUUCAUGUACCGAAUUGAAAUGAAUAAUAAAAAAAUGCAGGGAAUAUAAAUCAACCUCAAAGUCGAUAAGACAUACAGAAUUUUAUUGUGCCAUUUAUAUCUGAUGGAUUGCAAUACACAUUCUCGGAAAGGAAGUAUAAUUAAAUACAUUCCCGUCACGUUCAACGGGAAUACAACGUAGGUAGAUAGUUUUACAUCCAAGCGGAUCCUUAGAUUUCUUUUCGUUCGAGUCCACUUAAGACCUUACGUACUGUUUCUUUUAUAAAAAUCCUUUUAGUAAAUUUUAAUAUUUAGACAAAUGAUAAAACUGCCACGAAUGUUUUAUACGCUUUUAACGAGUAAUAGUAUAUAUCGGUAAUAAAAGUUAUCAUGAUGACGUAGCUAUGUACAUAAGGUACACUAAAGAAUUAUUUGCUAAAAUUAGUAGACAUGCCUGCUAGGCGGACUCCAAAGGUCGAGGCACUGGUUGUAAACGCUAUACGUAGGCUGCAAGAUGUGCAAGGUUCGACAUCGCGGGAAAUUAGUAACUAUAUUUCCCAGGAGUACGAUGUUCCUAUCGAGGAGACCAGACGGCAGGUCCAGUUGGCUUUACGACGCGGCUUAUCCUAUGGGAUUCUUAAACGUUCGAAACGAGGAUACUACUCGUGCAAUCACGACUACCUGAGACAACUCUCGUUGGGGGAUGGCAUGAGUGACGGAGUGAUGGAACCUUGUCCAGAACAACCUUGGCGAUUUGGUGUACGUGCCAGAAAGAGAAGGAAAAGGCGCGCCAGAUUAUACGCCAGAAAGAGAAGGAAAAGGUUAGCUAGAGAACGCGCCAGAAGGAGAAGACUCGCUAAGGAAGCUAGAGAACGAGCCAGAAAGCGGAGGGGGAGGCGUCCAUCUCGAAGACGGAGGAGAAGACCAAGCAGAGGAAGAAGAAGAGCAAGCAGAGGAAGAAGACCAAGCAGAAGAAGAAGAGGAAGCACAGUGAGGGAGUUAGUCGCUCGUUGA